AUGUCAAAUUACUUCUCGCACGCCACCUCGAGCUCCACGCCCAGCGGUAGCACACUAAGCUCUGCUCCGAUAUCCAUUUCGCCAGCCCGAUUAGGCCCCUCCAGCAGCCCUAUUCACCGGACGCCCGCUGUCACUUCAACUCCUGUUCCCGACAAAGGGGCUUUUGAGCUACAUCUCGAAUCGACAGCCCAGCCAGCUUUUCCUGAUUUGGACCUCAGCGCAAACACGCACGACAGUCAGCGUUGGGCAGGGCACAAUUUGGACGGCAGCGCUGCUGGGAGCGAUGUAUUGUCGGGAAGCGUGUCUUCCAGCGAUCUAGGCGAAGGCUCGUCUCGAGCUGCCGCCGAGGACCCUGCAUCCCUUCCAGUCUCUAUCAGCAUCCCUAGAUCGACAGCUCCUUCCCACGCUCGCAAGAAAGCUGCAGACCAUGUUCCCAGGCCUAGAAACGCAUUCAUUCUAUUCCGCAGUCAUGCUCAUCGACAAGGACUGGUGCCCAAGGAACUCAGUGCCAAUCACUCGAACAUCAGCGUCAUCAUCUCACACAUGUGGAGAAGCCUGCCCACCGAGGAGAAGGAGAUGUGGGCCAAGGAAGCGCAAAGGGAAAAGGAUGAGCAUGCGCUUUUGUACCCGGACUACAAGUUCAAGCCCGUGUACAGACGGGAGAAUGUGGUCAGGCGGAGCGUUCGAAAGGAAGCGGAUGAGGAAGAGAAGAACCUGCAAAUUGCCGAUCAUAUUCUCAAGUCACAUGGACGCGACGGAGUUCAGCUUGGCGAAGAGCCCAACAGCAACAUCAUCGCUUCAUCUGCAAGCGAGCGCAAGAGGGUCAGACGUGCCGAGUCUCGCGCCAAGUCGAGGAACAAGAUAGCCGCAGCUGCAGCGAGCGCCUCUUCGAGUCUGGAGCAAGCGCAUAGGAAGAGGGCCCUCAAAGUUGCCCGAAGGGCAGUGCGGGAAGUAAGCAAGAGUCCAGCUACUACUUCCUCUGCAGCUUCUCCCGCAGAUUGGCACCGCGCCUCGCAACAACCGUGGGACAGCACUCAAGACUACGUUGCGCCCGCCCUGAGAACAGUGAGGAGAUCUUCGUCUGUCCCUGCGCUCGCCGACAGCGUCAACUGGGCCAAGAGCACCUACACGCCAGCUUCCUUUCCAACCGACGGCCCUGCCGUCUAUCCAGCAAGCGCACUUCCUCAGCACCUGAAGACUGGCUUCCAUAGCUACCCUAGUCCCCCUCAUCAACGAUCUGCAACAUAUCAUGAGCCAAUGCAUCUCAGCGCUCCAUUGCACACACCCAUGAGCGCUUACUCUACCGUCUCUGCAUCCAGUGUUGGUCUCUCUUCUGGCCUCGCCGGUGUCCACGUCUCUCGAUCACCGCAGAUGCCGAUCUCACCCAUGACACAGGUGCAUCCUAUCUCUGCCUCCCAUCACUCACCCACGUCUCCAUUCAGAUCGCAACGACCCGACUUGCCGCGCCCCUUCACCUCGGCAGGAAUCGCCAGCACUGGCAGUAGUGCCGGUCUGACUGGCGCUCUAGAUCUCAGUUCUCCCACUUGGUCCAACUUCAGGGACAUGCUCGCGUCUCCGCACGCCGGCACAAGCUACGGCAACGCUCGCCGGCCGAGUGGAACAGGUUGGCAAAGCAGCGCUAGGCUUGCCAACGCGGACAUUGGCCUACCAGUCAUGAAGCCUCGAGGAUCCAUAGGGCAGGACACCAACAACUUGUCGACUGGCCCUCAGUCUUUGCGGCGCGAACGUAUGCCUCCGAGAUGGGACAGCACGCAGAAGACCACGGACAUGGACGAGGUAGACGAGCUGGACAAUUCCGACUUUGCAGCGGCUGCCAAAGCUGCUCAGCAGUCGCUCUACUACCAACAAGACUCUGACUUGGAACAUCUUUUGCAAGGCGAAUCAGGCGAAUUGGGUCUGUCGCAACAGCAUACAGACGGUCCGAGCGAGGCUGAACAUUUUUUCAGCCAGCAGACUCUGUUCAGAGCUCCGUCGAUGUCACACUCGCAAGCGCUCUCGAGCGCUAGCCAGAGCACGCGAGGCAGGGCUUUGGAUUGGGCCGUCUACGGAUCGAACUCACCAGACUAUGGGCCAGACGACUUGACGCAAGUGUUGGGUGCAGAUGCGGCAUUUGUGGAGAUGCUCAUGGCUCCUCGAGCCAGCGCGGGCGCCGGACUUUGUCUUUGGCGCAAUCCGCGGACGAGGAAUCCGCACUUGUCCCAAUGA